UUGAAGUUGCACUUAAACUGGGGCAAAACAAUGGGGCGGUUCAAGAAAUACCUUAAUGAAACUGAAAAGCAAGAAGCAAAAAAAGUGCGAGAAAGAGAAAGACGUGCAAAUGAAACAAAUGAUGAGAGACUUGAAAGACUAAGAAAGCUGUCUUUCAAUGCACAGAAGAGACGAGCUGAAGAAACAUCAGAAGAGAGAAAACAGAGGCUUAGAAGAUUGUCUCAGAAUGAAUUGAAAAGAAGAGCCAAAGAAACGAAAGAGGAAAGAUAUGAAAGACUUAGGAAACUUGCUCAAUAUGCAAGGAACAGACGUGCUACUGGGUCAAAGAAUCAUAACACUCGACAGGGUAAAAAAAUUCAAGAAGAAAAGCAAAAUGCUAAUGGCUACAUUAAAGUCAAUCUUUUAAAGUAUUAUGAUGUCCAAGAAUUCCAUCAUCAGGAGGAGAUGCAACAUAACCCUGGAAAUAAUAUAUCUCGCUUAAAAACAUCAAGACUUGAUUGUGCCUCAACUCUUCAAUUGCAUCAAACUCAUGCUAACAAUGUGCAAAAUCUUAAUGAAAUGAGUUCAUCACAAUGGAAAAGGAAAGCCUCUGAAGCAGCUACAAUUCGGAUAGAAGAUGUAACCCCAGACACAAACUUCAAACAAACAAAUUCAAAAGCCUCAAAAACAAGAAGAUCAACAUCUCAUUCAAUGACUGAUGAAGUCAUAGUUUUCCCACAAUCAGCUGUGUCUCCAGUUCAAGAAAGACAUGUUUUAGUGGUUCCAAAUCAUCAAACAGCAGUAAUGUCUAAUCUGUUUUCUCUAUGGAAAGCACGGCGCCUCUGUGACUCAUAUAUUAGUAAUGGUACCAUAAAUGUAAUGAUUCAUAAAAUGGUUUUAGGAGCUGUGUGUCCAAAACUACUGCCAGUUCUCCAUCAUUCAUCAAAAGGUUCAUUCCCCAAUGUGGUCUUUCCAAGUUCAGUCAGUAAAGAAGGACUUUUAGCAUUUGCAGAAUACAUGUACAGCGGCAUUUUAGAUCUGAAUGAAGAAAUUCUAGUCCAACUGAAGACUAUUGCUGAAAAAUUAGAAAUGAAAGAUUUUGAAGAUCUUUGUUGUAAGGAAUUGAACAAAGCUAAGACAAAAGAUAUUUUAUCUGGUGUAGUGGAACCUUUGUUGGCAGAACCUUGUUCUUUGUCAGGAUUAUUCCCUUCCAGAACCCAAGGAGAUCCUAAUGAGGUUCAGAAUUCUAUGUUUAUGAAGUUAUUUAGAAAUAAUUAUAGCAAUAUUAAUAUGCAAGCUGAUGUUUCUGUCACCACAACUUCAGUUUCUGAUGUAAGGUCUGCAGAAAAUAUGGUUACAGACCAGAUUGUUGACAUCAAAACUGAAGUGGAACCAGUAAUACAGGCUGCAACAAAGUACAACUCUCUUCAGUUAAAAAUAGAACCCUGUAGUCUUGGAGAAAGUCAAAAUAGUAUUCAAGAAGAACUGUGUAUUGAUAUUGGUAACAUUACUGCAAUUAAUAAUGAUGUUCAGUUAAAGCCUGCUGCCAGUACCACUUCUGGAAAGGUCAUCAAUAGGGACAAUGACUUUGGAGUUUCUCAUUCAAACAAACAUCUGGAUUCCAGUGAUGUCAUCUAUAUAUCUGAAGACACUUGUUUAUCGCAGCAUUCAGAAAAUUGUGAUAAUGAUACUGAUGAUCAGGAUGAAGUACAGCUAAUUUCAGUAACAUCUGUAACAGGCAAUAUAAUUGAAGACAAUCUCAGCAAUAAUUCUGAUUUGGUAGAGAUCUCAAGUACGCUGCCUACAAAUACAAAGUGGCUGCAAACAUCAAAUUCUAAACCAUGUCCUGUUAAUUUAUUUUCUGUGAAUGACAGUGGAUAUUCAACUCUAUAGUGCGCAAAUGUUCAAUUAAAUUUCCCAGUAUAUUAUAUUUGUAAUUAUUUUUAACUUCAGAUUUCAUUUUAUUGUCCAGAUUAAAAUACUGCUAAAGUA